UCAACUUAGACAAAACACACAAUCUUACCCUCUCUUCUCUUCUUUUUCUCCUCAUAAUUAUUAAACUUACUUUUUCUUCUAAAAAAACAACUUUAUUUCAAGUAAUAAUAAAAUUCUCUAAUGGCUAACGCUGAAGAAGUUUCAGCUCUUAAAAGCAUCAAAUUGCAUCUCCUUGGUGAAUUUUCACCACUUCCAUCUCCAAUCUCACAACCUUGGAGCUUUGAUUUUGAUUUUCAAUUUCAAACUAACCAAAACAAUUAUGAUUCUUCAAUUUCUUUGGAUCAUUGCUUCAAUAAUCUUAUUGAAACAGAGACACAGAUUCCGAUCUUCGAAUUUGAAUCCAAACCUCAAUUGAUUGAACCAGCUAGUCCUGAAGCCCUAAUUUCUCAUCCUCAACAAACAGUAGAGAAGAAGCCUCAACUGAAUCGUAAACCGUCGCUGAAAAUCGCUCUUCCAAAUAAAACCGAAUGGAUCCAAUUCGGAAACCCGAAUCCGAUUCAAGAGACGGUUGUGCCAAAACCGGAAGUUGUUGAGAAACAGCACUAUAGAGGAGUUAGACAGAGACCGUGGGGAAAGUUCGCCGCCGAGAUCCGCGACCCUAACAAACGCGGCUCAAGAGUUUGGCUUGGAACUUUCGAGACGGCUAUCGAAGCCGCUAAAGCCUACGAUCGUGCCGCGUUUAGGCUGCGCGGAUCUAAAGCGAUUCUCAAUUUUCCACUAGAAGUCAACGCCAUGGCGGCGGAGGCGGCGGCGGUGAAGAAUACCGGCGAGAACAAAAAACGUUGCCGUGAAGAGGAAGAGGAUGAAGUAGUGGAAGUGAAACCGGUGGUGAAAAAGGAGAAAACGGAGGAAUAUGAUGUGAACUGUAUUAAAGAGAUGCCGUUAACGCCGUCAGCUUGGACUGGGUUUUGGGACAGUGAUUUUAAGGGGUUUCCACCGUUGUCGCCGUUAUCUUCCUUUUGUUUUUCACCUUUAGUGGCCGUGUGAAUUUUCUAUUUUGGGUCUGGUUUAUGUAUUUCACCUCUAGAGAUGACAAAUGCACAUUUUGUGAAAUUAUUACUAUUUAAUUUAUUCACUUAAUUUUCUUUUUGGAUA